ACUCGGGCCGGAGUCUGGACGGUCGAUAUCGUGGCUUUUAUAUAGAUACAACAACAACAAAAAUGACUUUGACCUCAAAACUUCGAUUAUUUGUUAAUAAUAUAAAUUCUAUUAUUCUGAAGAUAAGUGGAACACACCAAACACCAGGUUUACCUGCUCUUUGUGUGGUUGAAUGCCCCAGUCUCAGAGAUGAAAAGUACAGCUCUCCCUCCGACAUAUUGGCGAGCAUUUUUGAACCCAUCAUGCGGUGGGUCAAUCCAAGAAACCGUAGGACAGUAGAGCGUCGAUUAACAAGAAAAAACCUUCUUCCACAGAUGAAAGAUGCAAGGCCGAAGAAGAACAUUAUCAUCUGCUUACACUGCGGGAGACCUCAUGAAAUUCAAACAUUAUGUGGAUACUGCUACAGCAAAGUGAGGGUGGAAACUAAGAAGCUCCAGGAACAGAACAAGAUGAUCAAAGACCAGCUUAAUAAGUUCAAGACAGAGGUGGCCUUCCUUUACAGAGGUGAAAACAAGAACGAUGUAAAGGACCAUAAGAAGAAAUAUUUUGUUGAAGUCGAUAGAGAACGACCUGAAUGGUUUGCAAAGGAACUUAUGGUGAAAUAUAAGGGUGAAAGCUGAAUGUGAAGUUUAAAAUGAUUUGGGAACGGGUAAAAAUAAUUGUCAAGAUUGGUUAUAAAUCUAUAAUUUGAUAAAUUUCAAGUUCAAUUUGCCAGAAAAAUUAUCGAUUAUCAUGUUUUUAAAAUAUGAUUGCACUUUUAUAAAUGCUAUAUGUGUUACAAUGUUAAGAGCAUGGUGCACUUUGUGAUAACUUGAGAUUUUACUUUUUCCUGAGUUAAUAAUAGAAUAUAGAAAAUUCUUGAUCAA